AAUGACAUGGAGACACCAGAGAAGACUCUGUUUCGCCUGGAACAAGGCUAUGAGCUUCAGUUCCGUCUGGGGCCCACCUUGCAAGGAAAGAAUGUUCGUGUUUACACCAACUACCCUACACCAGGAAAAAAGUUCAACAGCCAAGAGUUUCAAGCCCUGGAUUGGAUCAACCCCACUGGGAAGGAAGAUGACUCUGACAAGUAUUGCAAACUGGAACUUGAGGUUGCAGGAUCUUACCAGUAUUACUUUGGUUGUGGGAAUGAAGAGAAGUCAGGUGGUGGGUACUUCGUCGUGGACCCUGUGCUGCAUGUGGGCCAUGAGAUAAAGCCUCUUCCUUUGAACAGCAUCACCAUUCAGACUUAUCUGGCCAAGUGUCUUGGUCCACUGGAUGAAUGGCUAGAUCGACUCAGAGUGGCCAAGGAAACUGGUUACAACAUGAUCCACUUGACGCCUCUGCAGACACUGGGCGAGUCACGUUCCUGCUACUCCCUAGCUGACCGGCUUGAGCUGAACCCAGAUUUCUCUCCUCCAGGAAAGACCUUCACCUGGGCAGAUGUGGGGAAUCUAACAGAAAAGAUCAGAAAAGAUUGGAACAUGGUUUGCAUUACAGAUGUUGUGUACAACCAUACAGCGGCUAACAGUAAAUGGCUCAAACAGCAUCCCGAGUGUGGCUACAACCUGCUAAACUCUCCACAUCUGAGGCCAGCCUGGAUGCUGGACAGAGCUCUCUGGCACUUCAGCUGUGACGUUGCAGAUGGAAAAUACACUGAGAGAGGUCUGCCAGCUCUGAUUGAGAAUGACAAGCACCUUGAUACCCUCAGAGAACUUCUGUGGGAGUAUGUUUUCCCUCUGUUGAAGCUCUGGGAGUUCCUCCAAGUUCAUGUGGACAAAGCUGUGGAGCAGUUUCAAAAGCUUCUGCAAGCUGAUAACACUCCAGCUGGCACAGAAAAUGAGGAAAAGCAUAAGCUGAAGAUCAUCCAGGAUCCACAGUAUAGGCGGUUUGGAAAUACUGUAGACAUGCAGGUGGCACUAAAGAUGUUUGGCAGACACACGAAUGGUCCAGCAGCCAUCCAGGUGCGCUGUGAUUGGUUCAAGAACAGUCUGGAGGAAUUGAACUUGGAGUGCUAUAAGGAAAUGCGCACCCACCAUGAACAGGCUGUAAACUGCAUACUGGGAACUGUGAGAUAUGAACGCCUGGCAGCCAAGGGUCCCAAACUAGGACUGGUCACCAGGACGCACCCAUUGGUGACAAGAUAUUUUACCUUCCCAUUUGAGGAUAUGUCCAUGGAGAAGGAGGACCUGCUGCUACAGAAUCCGGAUAAUGCAUGCCACAUUUUGGCCCAAAAUGGAUGGGUAAUGGGAGAUGUCCCUCUCAGGAACUUUGCAGAAACUGGCACCAACAUCUAUUUAAGGAGAGAGCUGGUUUGUUGGGGUGACAGUGUGAAACUCCGCUACGGCAGUAAACCUGAGGACUGUCCGUACCUGUGGGAACACAUGAGAAAGUAUACAGAGAUCACAGCCAAACACUUCUAUGGUUUACGUCUGGACAACUGCCAUUCCACUCCUCUACAUGUAGCUGAGUACAUGCUGAGGAUUGCUCGUGAACACAGGCCCGAUCUGUACGUGGUGGCUGAGCUUUUUACGCAGAGCGAGGAGCUGGACAAUGUCUUCAUCUCUCGCCUUGGAAUUACCUCCCUCAUCCGGGAGGCUAUGAGCGCUGGCGACAGUCAUGAGGAAGGCAGGCUGGUCUAUCGAUUUGGAGGAGAACCUGUCGGCUCCUUUUUCCAGCCCAAUCUCAGACCUUUGGUUCCAGGCGUAGCGCCUGCUAUGUUCCUCGACGUUAGCCAUGACAACGAGUGUCCCAUCCAGGUCCGAUCCGUGUACGACUCCCUUCCCAGCUCUGCUAUCGUCUCUAUGGCCUGUUGUGCCACAGGCAGUACUAGAGGAUACGAUGAGCUGGUUCCUCACCAGAUUUCAGUGAUCACUGAGGAGCGAUUAUACUCCAGGUGGAACCCAGAUGCUCUACCUUCUUCUCCUGGAGAAAUCAACCUGCAGUCGGGCAUCCUGGCCGGGAAACUGGCACUAAACAAGCUUCACCAGGAGCUGGCUGAAAAGGGCUUUACCCAGGUGUAUGUAGACCAGCUGGAUGAGGACACUGUGGCUAUAACCAGACACAGCCCAAGAACUCAUCAAUCUGUAGUAACUGUUUCCAGAACGGCCUUUAAAAACCCCAAAACACACCACUACAGAGAAAGCGUUUCUCCCAUGUACAUACCAGGUCAAAUAGAUGAGGUGAUUCUGGAGGCUCAGAUAGUACAGAGAGAAACAGACUUCUAUGUGAAAGAUGAGAAGUGUAUAAAUGGCAUGCCGGAGUACACUGUGAAGCUGCAGGAACAUGUUCAGAUAAAGGACAGCCAGAUAGCAAAACUAGGAGAUGCUAAGACGAACGGUUGCAGUGAGUUUUUACAAGAGAUUGUGUUUGAUCAGCUCACUCCAGGAAGUGUGAUUGCAUUCAGGGUGAGUCUGGAUCCAAAAUCUCAAAGCGCAGUGGGCUUUCUACGCACUCAGCUCUCUCAGUUUAACCGCAUGUACAAAUCCAGCAGUCUCACCGAUCCUGAUGUUCCAAACAUCCUGAAAAAUUCCUUAGAACUCCUUGUCUUCAAGCUGUCUUUGGCUGAGCUAAACGUCCUGCUGUUCCGCUGUGAUGAUGAGGAGCGGGAGGACGGUGGAGGAUGCUACAGUAUUCCAUUCUGGUUGUCCCUCAAGUACGCCGGCCUUCAAGGUUUCUUGUCGGUGCUGUCAGAGAUUCGACCCAAAAAUGACCUCGGCCAUCCCUUCUGCAACAACCUGAGGCAGGGCGACUGGAUGCUCGAUUACAUUAGCUCUCGUCUCCUGGAUAAAAACGGAGCGCUGAUGGAGGUGGGGGAGUGGUUUCAGGCUAUGUUUGCCUACCUAAAACAACUGCCACGCUUUCUCGUGCCAUGUUACUUUGAUGCCAUCAUUGCUGGGGCGUACACUACAGCUGUGGAUGGCGUCAUCAGCAAAAUGUCCAGCUUCGUGAAAAACAGUUCGACCCUGGUGAAGCAGCUGGCGCUGGGCUCAGUACAGAUGUGUGGUAUGGGCCCUGUGCCGGCUUUGCCUGCUCUUUCUCCCUCCCUGCAGGACGUCCCUUAUCGCCUCAGUCCCUUUACCAAGCAGGAGGAACAGUGCUGUGCAUCUUUGGCUGCAGGCUUGCCUCACUUCUCAUCUGGAAUUUUCCGCUGUUGGGGCCGAGACACGUUUGUUGCCCUGCGUGGACUCAUGCUCAUCACUGGAAGAUACAUAGAGGCAAGGAACAUUAUCCUGGCAUUUGCUGGCACGAUGAGGCAUGGGCUGAUCCCAAACCUGCUUGGCGAGGGCAUGAAGGCUCGCUACAACUGCCGAGAUGCAGUGUGGUGGUGGCUGCAGUGCAUCCAGGACUACUGUGCUAUGGUGCCCAAUGGAAUAGACAUCCUGAAGUGUCCUGUGUCUCGCAUGUAUCCUACUGAUGAAUCUGAACCCCAGCCUGCAGGCACUGUGGGCCAGCCUCUGUAUGAUGUGAUCCAGGAGGCCAUGCAGCGCCACAUGGAGGGCAUUGUAUUUAGGGAACAUAAUGCCGGGCCUCAGAUUGAUUAUCACAUGAGAGAUGAAGGGUUUAACGUUGAGGCAAGAGUAGACCUGGAAACAGGCUUUGUUUAUGGGGGAAAUCAGUUCAACUGUGGUACAUGGAUGGACAAAAUGGGUGAGAGCGACAAAGCAGGCAAUAGAGGGAUACCAGCAACCCCGAGAGAUGGCUCUGCGGUAGAGAUCGUGGGUCUCUGUAAGUCCACCAUUCGCUGGCUGAUGCAUUUAAACCAAAAUGGUCACUUCCCCUACUCAUCUGUCAGUGUUCAAAAGGAUGGUGAAACUCACAUGGUGUUGUAUUCUGAGUGGAACCAGAGGAUCCAGGAGAACUUUGAGAGGAUGUUCUAUGUGUCGCCUGAUCCAGAGGAAAAACAUGAAAAACAUCCAGGGCUGGUGCACAAAAGAGGCAUUUAUAAAGAUACAUAUGGUGCCUCCAGUCCCUGGUGUGACUACCAGCUCCGACCAAACUUCACCAUCGCCAUGGUGGUGGCUCCUGAGUUGUUUACUGUGGACCGAGCAUGGGCAGCAUUAGAGAUUGUAGAAAAGAAACUGCUGGGGCCACUGGGAAUGAGGACCUUAGAUCCAGAUGACAUGGUUUAUUGUGGUGUCUAUGACAACGCCCUGGAUAGCAACAACUACAAUCUUGCCAAAGGCUUUAAUUACCACCAAGGACCUGAGUGGCUUUGGCUGGUUGGAUACUUCCUAAGAGCCAAACUCUACUUUGCCAAGCAGACAGGCCAAGGCGUGUAUGAGAACACAUUGUGCAUGGUGAAAAAUGUACUCUCCAGGCAUCAUGUCCACUUGGAUCGAUCUCCAUGGAAAGGGUUACCCGAGCUGACUAAUGAAAAUGGACAAUACUGCCCUUUCAGCUGUGAGACCCAAGCCUGGUCCAUUGGCACCAUUCUGGAAGUCAUAUAUGAUCUUUGUGUUACAGAGAACCUGUAGAUUGUCCUCGGUGACUGUACAAGCUACAAAAUGUACUUAAAAUAUCUUCAGCUUGGCUGUUCCUUAGUUUGUGAGUCCAUGUGCGUUUCAGAAAGUGCAUUUAGGUGUUUAGGCAGCAAUACAUAUAUGUAUGUAGCAAUAAAUUAUUAAAAAUGAAACAAACUGAUAAA